GUCGAAUUGUGAAUGUGAGACCUGGUAACCUACGGUACCAGGAACUUGCGCCAUCUGCUCAGGUAUACACAUUGCUUCUUGCCUAUAAGAGUUCUCUCUCUCUCUCUUCUUUUCUAGGCGUUGGAUCCUACAAAACAGCAAAACACUCAUCCUAGAGAUCUCCUCACCCUGGACAUUUCCCGCCCACUAUGCUUGUUGACUCGGACAUGCCCUUUCACACCGUCGUGCUCUGCGAAAACAGUCAUAACUCAGGCUACUAGCUUGGACUAUCACUCAUCUAAGCUGGCAAAAGAGCUUCGUCAAUACUCCAAGCUUCCUGUUCAGCGGAACAAAAAUUACAGUAAAAUAUCAAGAAACCGCCUGCUGGCGCUGAAAAGACAAAUAAGCUUGGCUUGUUCAGUUUGUUUUGUUAUUCGUCUUCUGUGAGAGUAACUGGUUAUGUUUCUUUUGGUUCUGACUGGUUCUGCUUCCAGCCUAUUUCUAAAGGAUGCCGGAGAAAUAAAAAUAAAAACAUUCCUUGGCAAAUUUUUGAUCCCUUAGCCCGAGGGUGAAAACAAACUUAUAAAACAGCAAAAAAUCAUCAAGAAGUUCUCGUACGACCUAUUGGCAUGAAAGGCAGUAUCUUCUCUCUCUCUCUCAUUCUAAAAAACAAGCCCUCAGAACUUCUUUUCAUCUACGAAAGCGAAUCCAAAAUAUCACAAAUACGUCGACUGGACCUAUUGGCGCAAGAAACUCUAUGCUCUCUCUCAGCUAUUAUCACACACGACCCCCACAACUCUUUACCCACGAGAUGAAAACAAUACGAGGAAACCGUUGAGUUGUCGUUAUACGACCUUUGGUGUUGAAAAUGUCAUAUAGCCCUCUAUACCCUGUCUCUUUGUUCAAGCUUGAUUGGCCU